AUGGAUGUCCGCACAGUACAGCAAGAGCGACAGGCAUUCCUCAGCCAGGAGCUGGAUACUCAACUGAUGUGGGAGUUCAAGGAGCCAGGAGUUCCAGCUCUGGUAGCACGUAUGCAAGCAGACCACUCGCAGAGACGACGUGAUGCCAGAGCUGCGGCUGAGGCGAGACGACGCGAUGCCAGAGCUGUGGCUGAGGCGCCAAUGCGGCGAGCAUUCGAGUUGGGCAUGCACUUCGUAAUGGACUUUUACGAUGAGAGCCAGCACAACAUCCCUAGAGCCGCGCUAGAUCGAGCGCUCGGCCAGAUCCAAGACCCAGCACAGGAUGGAGUAUUCCGUAUGCUUAAUGGUUUACCACGAGGUGUCCAGGUCCUUAGGACACCAGAAUCGGAGGUCUUUCCACCCACAUCACCCAUUAUGGAUGACUAUCUCUUCCCAGAAGUAAUACCAGAGACUCCCACCAGGCGGCGGUGA